CCACAGGAGUUAUCAGGAUAUUUCUGGCACCAAGUUGAACUCUUCUUGGUACUUCUGGCAAUGACAGAUCUUCAGGACAGAUUUAUCUGCUAAAUGCUCUUGGGCAGGAAAAAAAGUAAAACUCUGGAAGCAGUAUAAGGGUAGCAGAGCAGAGAUCCCUCCCUCGCUGCUCACUGUCACAGAAAAUCAGCCUGGACUCGAAUGAAGAUUCAUCCUGCCUCAUUCACCUCCAGAGCCCACCUGUUCCAGGGAGAUCUGGUGUUUUCAGGCUGCUUCCUGUGGCCCUUUUUACUAUCGUUCUACUCCCAAGCUUUCUCUCCAGGCCGUUGAAUGAUGUGAACUUUGGAAUGGAGUUUGUUUUCUGUUGGGAACUUGCUUCCUUUCCUGGGCUGGUGCUGUCUGAGAGGACCAUCUGAAGGCUGUGUUUUGUUCUUAGGGAGGAGGGCAUGGCCAUGCCUGGACCCUCCACCAUGUUCCUGUUGCUGCCUUUUGAUAGCCUGAUUGUCAACCUUCUGGGCAUCUCCCUGACUGUCCUCUUCACCCUCCUCCUUGUUUUCAUCAUAGUCCCCGCUAUUUUUGGAGUAUCCUUUGGUAUUCGAAAGCUCUACAUGAAAACGUUGUUAAAAAUCUUUGCGUGGGCAACCCUGAGAAUGGAGAGAGGAGCCAAAGAGAAGAACCACCAACUCUACAAACCCUACACCAAUGGAAUUAUUGCAAAAGAUCCCACUUCACUAGAAGAGGAGAUCAAAGAAAUUCGUCGAAGUGGUAGCAGUAAGGCUCUGGAUAAUACUCCAGAGUUUGAGCUCUCUGACAUUUUCUACUUCUGCCGGAAAGGAAUGGAGACCAUUAUGGAUGAUGAGGUGACAAAGAGAUUCUCAGCUGAGGAAUUGGAGUCCUGGAACCUGCUGAGCAGAACCAAUUACAACUUCCAGUACAUCAGCCUCCGGCUCACUAUCCUGUGGGGCUUAGGAGUGCUGAUUCGGUAUUGCUUCCUCCUGCCUCUCAGGAUUGCUCUCGCUUUCACAGGGAUUAGCCUCCUGGUGGUGGGCACAACCGUGGUGGGAUACUUGCCAAACGGGAGGUUUAAGGAGUUCCUGAGUAAACAUGUUCACUUAAUGUGUUACCGGAUAUGUGUGCGAGCCCUGACAGCCAUCAUUACCUACCACGACAGGGAAAACAGGCCUAGAAACGGUGGCAUCUGUGUGGCCAAUCAUACCUCUCCUAUUGACGUCAUCAUUUUGGCCAGUGAUGGCUAUUAUGCCAUGGUGGGUCAAGUGCACGGGGGACUCAUGGGUGUGAUUCAGAGAGCCAUGGUGAAAGCCUGCCCUCAUGUCUGGUUUGAGCGCUCUGAAGUGAAAGAUCGCCACCUGGUGGCUAAAAGACUGACUGAGCACGUGCAGGAUAAAAGCAAGCUACCUAUCCUCAUUUUCCCAGAGGGAACCUGCAUCAAUAAUACAUCGGUGAUGAUGUUCAAAAAGGGAAGUUUUGAAAUUGGAGCCACGGUUUACCCUGUUGCUAUCAAGUAUGACCCUCAGUUUGGUGAUGCCUUCUGGAACAGCAGCAAGUAUGGGAUGGUGACGUACCUGCUGAGAAUGAUGACCAGCUGGGCCAUUGUCUGCAGUGUUUGGUACCUGCCUCCCAUGACCAGAGAGACAGAUGAAGAUGCCGUCCAGUUUGCAAAUAGGGUGAAAUCCGCCAUUGCCAGGCAGGGAGGACUCGUGGACCUGCUAUGGGAUGGCGGUCUGAAGAGGGAGAAGGUGAAGGAUGCUUUCAAAGAGGAGCAGCAGAAGCUGUACAGCAAGAUGAUUGUUGGCAACCAUGAGGACAGGAGCCGGUCCUGAGCCCGAGCCCCAUGCUGGCUGGAGCCACUGAGCCUGAAUCCUUACACAGGCCAGCUGGAGUUGUAGCCGCCGCCCCUACUGCUGCAUUCCUCCAGACUCCAGUCCUCAGGCUGCUCUGAGUCCGGACGCCAGCUUCUUCAGAGCCACCUGGAUCUCUGGGCUCGCCGUCUGAAGCGAGUGCUGCUGGGUGUCUCUGCCCAGGACGGGAUGCCUUCUUGUUUCUUUUACAAUAAGUCCGUUGGAGGAAUGAAUGCCAUUAAAGUCAGCUCUCCACCUGUGCACACGCGGGGCUGAGUGGUGGGGAAGAGUCGGCCACAUUCCUGUGCCCGUAGGACGCUAGUCUCUUAAAGAUGCCCACAUGCCAGGGCUUUGGCUGGGGAAGGGCCACCCACUCAUGAGAGGUGCUGCAAAGCAGUGUGGCCUGCCAGCCAAAACAUUGCCCCAAGCCUUGUAGCUUCACAGAUUUGAUAAAAAGAAAACUUAUCUGCAGGGGCUUUCAGCAAAAUGAAGUUUUAAAUUCUCAUGCAGUCACCAAAGGGGAUGGGAAGAGGCAAGAUGGACCAGUGACUGGUGUGUGGUGGGAACCAAGAGUCAUUUCAUGUUCAAACUCCAGUGCUCACCCCAAACUCCCAUGUGACUUGCUCUUCGUUAACACGUGCCUCAGUUUCCCCAUCUGUAACCUGGAUCAGGAGGGGAAGGGUGGUGAUACCUACCUCACAGGGUUGUUGUGGGGAUUGAAGUGCUAUAGUACGUGGACAGGGGAGCUCAGUGUUACAAGUACAGGUCCCUGAGAUGUGGCAGGACGAGGUCAGAGCUUGGAGCUGCUGCCCAGGCUUCCAAGUUGUUUUGUGAGUAAAUAAAAUUGUCUUUGACAGUGAAUGAA